GAAUAUUUCUCUUUAUUGCGAAUCAUGGGUGUGACGGCUGCGUCCCGCAAUAGGACGAAAUGUAUUACGCCCAGUCGGAUGAUAUAAACGCACGUUCUGACUUUACAGAUGGUCGCAGAUACGAUUGUUGUGGUAUAAGUUUCAAGAUUCAAGCUAUCUGCUUAAACAUGGCAAGUCUUACACAACAAAAGGAUGUUAGCGUACGGUGGAUAUUGGCUGGCGUCGUUCGUGUCUUGUUGACGUUAGCGGCAUGGAACAUUUCAGACGUUUCUGCCCAAGGUGGAGCCCUGAAGUACAUUGGAAACAUGAGCUUUGUUCGUAUAGUCCCUGAAGGCUCUUCCGUCGAUCUCAGCUGUGAACUCAAUGACCCAUCAGUGGCCGUGAGAUUGUGGCAGAUGUUAAGGUUUGGGGGAAUGUUCACCCCGAGGAAGAACUUGGUAAACUACGGACAGUUAUUUACUCUUCACAACGUCAGCAACAACAUGCAGGGCACGUACAUAUGCAGGGCAAGAAAGCGAAGAUUUUCACAAAAUAUUGGAAUGAUCUACCUUAAAUCAAGUCCCAAAGAUCCCCCGAAACCAGCGGUGGAUGCAGGGCAAAAACAUAUUCUUGUCAGUAGAGAUGUCAAUCUCACAUGUAAAGCUACAGGCACAAGAAUCUCGUAUGUUCAAUGGUACAAAAGAGCUCGGCCACUGUCCAUGCAACAGCAGGCAGUCAUCAAAGAACUGAACCUCAAUGGCGAAACAUGGAUCAACACUCUCGUGUUGAAAAAUGUCCAGAUAAACCAGGCUGGAUGGUACGAGUGUCGCGUGUUUGAGACUAACGAAGCCUUCGGGUUUUGGUCAACUGCUGUCAAACUGAACGUGAUAAACAAAACCGAAUGCCCGGAACUUGACGGCACUUUUGUCGACCCGGAAAGAGCCACGGGGUAUCUCGUUUGUUUGGGUGGCAUAAGUACCAGGAUGAAUUGCUCAAAGGGACUGGUGUGGAGAGACGACAGGAAAGCUUGUGAUAAACCAGCACCAGUCGUAAAAUGGACGUCAACUUAUCACUCGCUGCGACUGAUAAGAAAAACCGUCGGAGAGUCCGUGACAUUGAAUUGUAACAUCAGCGACCCUAGUGUGCGAGUCAAGCUGAAACAGAAGGUUGUUUCUGGCGGAACGCGUGAACGAUUCACGGAUGGAUGCAGAGUCAGCCGCUAUGGUCAGACCUUUGUUAUCCACGCCGUGAAUUUUAAAGACUUUGGUAUCUAUUAUUGCGAGGCACCCCAUCUCAAGAUAAGACGGAAGGAAGAAGCCUACUUAAAAGUCCAGCCAGCUCCAUCAUCGGCCAUUUACCAGGGAUACAGAAACUUAUUUGUAUCGUUUGGAAGUUCUUUGGAUCUGAACUGUGGAGCUCCUAACAUAUUUCAACCGUUGAUUUUCCUGGAGAUAAUUCGCAUGGACGGCAUAAACCAGCUGAUACCUGAUGGCCACAGGGUCACUUUGACUGGAAGAAUCGUGACCAUCCAUGGAAUGGAUCGCAGCAUGAGGGGCAGGGUUGUCUGUAAAGUCAUCUCGUCUUGUAACCAGGCUCAGGAAGAUGUCGAUCUUGGGAACCUUUUACCAGUUCCACCAAAAGGAACACCACCUAUACCAGAAGUAUCACAGCAAUUGUCAGUCGUUGAAGAAGGCGAAAGUUUAAACAUCACAUGUUCAGUUUCUGGUGGAGAAAGACACGACAUCGCUUGGUUCAAGAACAAAGAACCUGUGUCUGAGAACCUUAUCUUCUCUUCAGCUUAUGGUAGUGUGCUCAUGCUUAAAAAUGCCAGCGAGUCUGAUGCAGGAGACUAUGAGUGUAGAGCUACGGAUUUUGGCCGCGGAUAUUGGCUGAAAACAGCAACCGUCCUAUUGAAAGACUCGUCGGCUCCGGUGCAGACUUCUAUACCAUCCACUACAACACCUUAUUUACCAACAACACAGGUAGAUCCAUUAGUGACUGAAAUAGCGCCAUAUCAGCCAGUUGAUAUCGUCUGCCGCAUGUUUCAAGCUGACUUUGAGAUAAAUUUAUGGCAAGAAACUACUCCAGGGACUUUUAUUCAAAGAGCAGCUGAUGGCGUAGCUAUCAUUCGCCAAGGAAAUACUUUUACAAUAACUCAGGGAAGGCAGAACGACGAAGGGAGAUAUUAUUGCCUGGCAGCGAACUCCCAGAAAAUUCUGGCUGCUGUCCUAACUUUUCCAGAUAACAAGCCCCCGAAGAUCAUCAACUUCACAACCAAGGCAUCCGUGAACGCCUCUCAAAACGUAAAGCUCUUUUGCGAAACGGAAGGCAAACCUCCAUUUGCAGACGUUCAGUGGUUCAAAAAUGGCGUUAGUGUUGGAAGGUGUAAGGGCGAGCUGAAACAAAACAAAACGUGCCUCCUGGACCAAUACCAAAAAAAGUAUAGCAUUUCCUGGAGAGGGUCUGGAGCCGAGUUGCUGAUUAAGAAUGUUUUUCACCCAUUUGAUACCGGAGAAUUCACCUGCGUUGCUGUCAAUACUGUUGGGAUGGAUAACAAAACCGUCCAUUUGGAUAUCUACGAAAAGCCAGUACUCAACAAGAAAAACGACACAGAUUUUCGUGUGCUGUCCUUUCAAGAUGCCACCAUGAUCCAGUCUACAGCUUUACGAGGCCACCCGAUACCUCACUUCAAGUGGUUUCAACAGCAAAUCACAAUUUGCACGUCAGGAUGCAAACCAGACGCGAAAAGAUGGGGACGUGUUCCACGUCACGUGAUCGAUCCUUCGGAGCAAGUUCCUUCACGAAUCAGCAGUCUGUACCUACCCCCUGGAAGAAAAGGGUACUUCUUCCGAUGCAUCGCCGAGAAUUCUCUUGGACACGAUGAUGUAGUAUUUUCGGUUCACAGAAUGGAUAUUGAGACUGUUUUACCGGAAAUCAUUCCCUCCUCUCCGAUCCAACGUGUGGAUGAAGGAAGCCGAUUUACAGUCCUAUGCCAAGCGAGUACCGGGGACUUCCUGCAUCUCGCGUGGCAAAGAAGAAGUAGACCCCAGGAACUACCGACCACACUAACAAGAAACAAACAUAAUAUCACGAGUGCUUUAACUAUUGAACACGCGCAGUUAGAAGAUGCUGACGAAUACGUGUGUUAUGGUUAUGGUUGGACAGCAAACGAGACAAAGAUCUCGGUGAUAACAGUUAAUGUUACAGAGUUUGUUGUUCCUGUUGUUUCUCUCUCAAACCAAACAAUUCAAGAGGAAAAAACGAACAGCACGACCUUGACAUGCUUCAUCUCAUCCGGGUAUCCAGCACCAAACAUCACGUGGUAUAAAGAUGACAAAAAGUUGAGCCUGCUUGCUCUUCGGUCUGCGGAUGACUGUAGAAUAAAUGGCUUUCAUUACAAGGAGAAACAUCGACCGCCUUUUGCCAAAGACCUGGUAAUAUGUAAACCAAGUCACGCAGAGAACACGGGCGUUUACAAGUGUGAAGCUAAGAAUAGCAAAGGAAUCGCUUCUAGUGAAGCGUUUUUAAAUGUUUUAGCUCAGCCGAACAUUUUCAACAUGGUGGAUCACAAACUGCCCAAGGGGCUUGGCGAGAAAGUUAACGUAAGCUGUAAAGCAACAGGCAAUCCCACUCCCUCAGUCAACUGGGUCAGGAAAACUGCGGACGGUCAUCAUGUACCAGUCACGCAAUUGCACGGAAAGAACCACACCCUUCGAAUCAAUUCUCUGCUAGAAGAACACUACGGGGACUACAUGUGCUUAGCGGAAAACAAGUUUGGUAGUGAUUCCGUGGUUUUAUCUCUUGUUAAACCAGCACCAGUUGGAGCCGCGAAGGGCCCGGGACCAACAUCCAAAGUCUCAUUGAUAGUGGCCAUUGUCGUCAGUGUGGCUCUCCUCCUUUUGCUCCUGUUAAUCGCCGCCAUUUUGUAUCGCCGACGUCAGCUGUAUGGAGGUCUCUAUAUCUGCACCACUCCUCCUCUGCCAGACAUGAUACCAAGGCUGGAUUCUUCCAUUCCUCUCAUCGAACAAGUAAACAAGCUGCCGUAUGAUAAGCGGUGGGAGUUUCCUCGAGAACAGCUCCACUUUGGUAAAGUGCUUGGCUGUGGUGCGUUUGGCGAAGUGUACUUAGCUGAAGCUGAAGGAAGUAUCAUUAGUGACAACAUAUCGGCAAAAACCUCAAGACAUCGAUUAUCGACAACCCGAGACUCGCGGAGAGGCUCCAUCAUAUCCCAGGGACCAAUUAAAGUAGCCGUGAAAACACUAAAAGAGAGAGCGGAAGAAUCAGAACGCAAAGACUUAAUAUCUGAACUCAAAAUAUUGAUACACAUUGGAUCACACAAGAACAUCGUCAACUUGCUAGCCGCCUGCACAAAGGGCCGAUACUGUGAUAUUUGUGUAAUUAUUGAGUACUGCCCUCAUGGAAACAUGUUACAGUUUUUAAGGAACAAGAGAGAAAUUUACAAUCCAACAUGGCUUCCGCCUACCGAGGACCCUGAUAAACAGUUCAGCAUAACUGAUGUGGUGAGCGCAGCUUUUCAAGUUGCGAGGGCCAUGGAAUUUCUUGCGUCUAGAAAGUGUGUUCACAGAGACCUCGCAGCCAGAAAUGUUCUCGUGGGAGAAAACUAUGUGGUAAAAGUGGCUGACUUUGGACUGGCAAGAGAUGUUUACAAAGACGACACGUACAUCAAGGUCUCACCGGGCCUGGUACCAGUUAAAUGGAUGGCAAUAGAAUCUCUCACUGACCGUGUCUAUUCCGAGCAGAGUGACGUAUGGUCCUUUGGAGUUUUUCUUUGGGAAUUGUUCACUCUCGGUGGAAAUCCUUAUCCUAAUAUACCGCCCACUGAAAUUUAUCAAUACAUCAUAGAAGGAAAUCGAAUGGAAAGACCAGUGGACUGUCCCGAGGAAAUGUAUUGUAUGAUGAUAGACUGCUGGAUGGAGAAGCCAGUGGACCGACCGAACUUUACCACCCUGGUGCAGAGGUUGGAUCGCGUGAUCGAAUCCAACAUUGCUGCCAUGGGCCGCGAAGGAUAUUUGGAACUUGGGAACGACCCUGUUAUGCCAAGUGAAGAGACAGACGAUGAUGGGUACUUGAAGCCAAGAGAGAUCGGUCCUCCUGGUUACAAGGCCGCAUUGUUUAACGGGAACGUGCCUUCAGGGAGUAACAGAGACUUACAAGGAAGUAACAGAAGCUUGACCAAUGAAUCUAAAUCAAAGGAUUUAACACAAGAAAGAUACACAGAACUGGGCUUUAAACCUUCAAACAAUGCAAAUGAUUUAGCUGAAACAGCGCUUUGAAGGGAAACAGAAGCUUGUUACAAAUACAAUAGGUUUUAAAAACAGUCUGCGAUUUGCCAGUUUCGUCACUUUUGUCCUUGAGUGUGUAAAUCGAACAAACAUUGGAAAGAGCACUAGCGAAGACUUGCACCAGUUUUAAGUGCUAUUUCGUUAAUUUUCUUUCUUUAUUUAUAUAAUAUAUAUAUAUUUUAUCUUCUCGAAGGAUGGCACGGUCGCAAAGUCCACGACAUGCCCUCUUGAAACAUGCCAUCUGCCAAGCUAAAUAGACUUCAUUUGCCAUGAGCAUUAUAUCCUUCCAGCGAGAAUCAAGAUGUUGGUUCACGAAAUGUGAUUUUGUGGACGUUGAAGUUCUGUGCGCGAUCUUCAACUGGAUAAACGUCGAAAUAUAAAUGUGACCAUUUCAUUCAGAUGGUUUACACUCUUUUUCUUAUAAGAAUAUUGUUUUUGCGGCCGAGGCUGAAUAUUCAUAUUUUUCUGCCGAUUUUAGGCUGAAAAUAUUUUUGUGAAUAUUCUUAGAUUACAGCGUAUGACUUUUCUGUUUUCGAAUGUAUUUAUUGUCUGGAUGGUGUUGUGCAAAGCCUGAUAUUGCGCACAUACCUUCUUGAACAAAUGUUAUUAGCACCGAACAUACGGCUAGUGCUGCCUUUGUUGCUUUUUGGCUGGUUUUACCGUUAAGAGAAACAAAGAAUUUUAUACCGUUUACUUAAAAACAUACAAUUGUGUUGUAUGUAUAAGUUUUCAUCACGCAAAAUUAUAUUCUUUUCAAAAUAUUAGCCUCGGGUUUAUUCUAGAAUAUUCUUAAAAUUUCACGAAUUUCAGCUUCGAUAUUCUUAUGAAACAUAUUCCUAUAAAAACUAAAGUCCUUAUGAAAAUACACUUUCAGUUUAUUUCCUGUAAGCCUUGAUUUAGACUUCUCCUGUUCAAUCUUUGCUCUUUCAACAAAUGCUCCCAACACUAUCCACAAUUCAAUCACGAUAACUAAAACUUGGGAACGCUUACUUCACCAAGAAUAUUUGUCCAGAAGUAAAUACCGAAACGAGUUCUUCAAGAUAUGCAGCGAAAACGUAGCAACACCAGUGCAAGGAAAAACGAUUGUUGGCACGUACCAGUAGCUUGCGUAAGAGUCAAUGUCGUUUAGA